GGCGGUGACAUCACCGAUGCCGCGAUCCCGGGACGCUGGUAUUUGAUAAUCUAUAUAAAGUACCUCUUUGCCGUCUAGGAAAUGUUGUGAAACACCAAGCACAGCGCCAUCAUCGUCACGGUCAAACUUAGACUUCAUAGCUACCCCUUGCCCACCAUGAAGAACUUCGCCAACAUUGCCGCCGUUGCUGCGCUCGCAGCCAACAGCGCUUCUGCCCAUUAUAUCUUCCAGCAGCUCUCGCUCCAUGCCACUGAAUAUGCCCCGUUCGAGUACAUCCGACAAAACAGCAACUACAACUCUCCUGUUACAGAUUUGACUUCGAACGACCUGAGGUGCAAUGUUGGUGCUCAGGGUGCCGAUACUAAGACGGUAGACGUGAAGGCCGGUGAAUCAUUCACUUUUACACUUGAUACCCCUGUGUACCACCAAGGGCCGAUCUCCAUCUACCUGUCGAAGGCUCCGGGAGCUGCCUCGGAAUACGACGGCAGUGGUGAAUGGUUUAAGAUCAAGGACUUCGCUCCCGACUUCUCGGGUGGCGAAGCCAAGUGGGAUAUGUCUGGCUCAUACUCGUACACCAUCCCGUCGUGUAUUGAGGACGGCGAAUAUCUCUUGCGAAUCCAGAGUCUCGCGAUCCACAACCCGUACCCGGCUGGUACUCCUCAGUUCUACAUCUCCUGCGCCCAGGUCAAGGUGUCUGGCGGCAGUGGUAGCUACAACCCCACGACUGUGCGAAUCCCUGGCGCCUUUAAGGAGACCGACCCUGGUUACACCGCCAACAUCUACUCCAACUUCCACGAGUACACCGUCCCCGGCCCUGCGCCUUUGACUUGCUAGAUUCUUUUUGGAUUCUCCAGUGGCUCUAUUCAUGGGCUCUAGGGUAGAGGAUAGGUACGGGCUAGGCUUGGUGUUUGAAAUCGUGGCACUUUUAUCAUUAUAUCUUGCUUGGUAAGCCCUGAUACAAGGCUUCCCUACAUAACAACAUACUUCGAUUUAGUAUUAGAUAGAUGCCAUAUUAAAUAUCAAAUAUUUCGUCAAAUGGUAG